AUGCCGCGCGCUGAAACCUGCUGUGGCAGGGAGGAGGGAGACCCGCUGCACGCUGCAGCUGGCGGGGUCAGCUCCACUGCGGGGGCGGGUCACGCAGUGGUGUGGCGAGGUGGUGCCGCCGGAGGAGGGGGGUGUAGGGUGGCACACGACAUUCCCCCUUCCACAAGUGCCACAUUCUUAGGCGAGCGCAGCUCUUCCGGGCGAAUUGCGCUGGUGAACUCUGCUGGGAAACUGGCCCAACGUAUUAUUUCCGUGUCACCAGGAGGCGGGACGAAUACGUCCACCGGAACCACGUGCUGGCUGGGUACGGAGCGCCUGCCCCCCCUCAGCCGGUGGCCCGUGCCGCUGGCUCUGCUGCCGCUCUCUCGUGGCGACACAUCUGCCGCGCAUGCUGCAGUCGCCGCCAUCGGGCCCUCGUGUCGUGACGUCCAGGUGGCGGCGUGGCUGAGUGGGCGUGGCGCCGCUGACAGCGGGGAGUUCUGCCCCCAGCUGGCUCUGCUGGGGGUGCCGCCCUCCACGAGGUCCCGGCUGCCCACCACCUUGAAGCGCUCGCCUCCACAGAUCCUGACUGAGGAGCAGAAGCAGAUGCUGGCUGGGAGGCUGAUCAUUGCUGCGUCUCAGGGUCAGACCGGCCAAGUGCGGGCACUCCUGGAUGCGGGGUCGCCAGUCAACGCGACAGACGCCAGUGGCGACACUGCCCUGCAUGAAGCAGUGGUGAAUGGCCACGAAGAAACUGUCAAGUGCCUGAUUGAUGCCGGAGCAGAUGUCAACGUCAGGGACUCGGAUGGGAUGACGCCUCUGCACUGGGCUGCAUGUAGAGGUGGCGAGCAGCACAUUGUAUGGAUGCUACUGGCAGCAUCAGCGUGUGUAGAUGUCCAGCACGAUGCGGGGGAGACUCCACUCCAUGUGGCUGCCAGAUGGGGGUGUGCAUAUGCAGCAAAGGCACUGCUGCUGGCCGGUGCGAGGAGCGACAUAAGGGGUAACAGUGGGCAGAAGCAGACACGGAUCCUGACUGAGGAACAGAAGCAGAUGCUGGCUGGGAGGCUGAUCAUUGCUGCGUCACAGGGUCAGACCGGCCAAGUGCGGGCGAUCCUGGAUGCGGGGUCGCCAGUCAACGCGACAGACGCCAGUGGCGACACUGCCCUGCAUGAAGCAGUGAUGAAUGGCCACGAAGAAACUGUCAAGUGCCUGAUUGAUGCCGGGGCAGAUGUCAACGUCAGGGACUCGGAUGGGAUGACGCCUCUGCACUAG